UACACAGCACGACUGAGACAACACGAUACGUAGCUGCUGGUACUGCUGCUGCUGCUGCUGCUGCUGCUGCAUUCGCUUCGAAAUCUCCAUCUUUGUGUCGCCCCGAAUGCGAACGCAAACUUUGGUGGCGCAGGUACACCGCGGUCGUGACACACGGAUUUCACGUAUUUUCUCAUCCUGCCCGUUCCUACCGCUCCAACGAAGUGUGUGGCACCCGUGAGGUAGGGAGAGAGAGAGGCCCAAAGCCUAUUACUGCUGGGCUGUGCGAACGCUCACCAGGUUGACCAGCGACGCCAUGAAAGCGCACGGGGUAAGCGAGUAAGCGAAGUGGAAAAGAAAGGCUACCACAGAUAUCGCAGAUCGACACCAGCAGUGCAGUGCUCUCUAGCCACUCUAGCCACUCUAGGCUCAACAGCAAUCAAUCCAAAGCCCAGAAGACACAAUCAACCAAAGCUUCGAAGAGGGUGCGACACGGCGUGGCGAGAUACAGGGAACACCGCGGGGCUUGGAACGGUGCAACGCUUAGCCGCUAUAUCCCUGGGGGACGAACAUCGAGCACAGCACAGCAAAGGAAUUGCUUUGCAGGAAUUGCGGCUUGAGUGAAGGUGUCUGGUACUACGACCCCCCCUCGCCAUUGCCCAUCGCCAGCUGAGCUUCGGGGCCAAAGCACAGCAAGGGGCAGAGGGUCGGCGGACGACGGCGACGGUGACAACAGCAAACAACAGCAGCAGUACGCGCAGAGUGAGCUGAGGGAGCAGCGGAUGGUUGGUGUAGCGUUGAAGGAGAAGGUCAGUGGAGGCGGUGGUAGCGGCGGCUCAACCAUGUCACGCAGCGUACGGGCAGAAACGCGUGCCAGCAAGAAGGAUGACGUGAAGAAGCUGAUGCUGUCGAUGGACCGGGUCCGACACUGGGAGAAGAAGUGGGUGACGAUCGGUGAAACCUCGAUGAAGAUCUACAAAUGGGUCCCGAUCUCGACCAACGAGAAGAAGAAACCGACUGCGGCCGUGGCAGCGGCGGCUGCUGCUGCUGCGGCGGCCGCUGCCGCCGCCGCCGCUGCAGCCUCACUUUCCGACGUCGACAGUGCCGGCUCGGCGUGCGUCGGUACCGGUACCGGUACCGUCUCCUCACCGACCGGUGGACCCCAGCAGCUGCUCGGUGGCAAGGCGGGUGCGGGCGUCAACGGCGGACCGAUGGGCUCACAGACGUCUGGAUCGCAGGGCCACGGUUCGACCGCGGGUCACACCAACAGCAACAACAAUAACAAUAGCAACAGCAACAGCAACAGUAGCGAAAACAAGGAAAACAACCGCAAGCCAACCGGCACGGACUCCAAUUCGAACUCGAACUUUGGGCUGGCCGAGGACUCCAACACCUGUUUUUCCAUCGUUAGCGAUUCGCAGGGAGCCACCGAUUUCGUUUCCAACAUGUUCUCGGAGGACUCCAACUCCCAGGGCAGUGACAGCGUACCGAAGCGGCUCAAGAUAGAGUGAAAAGGAGCGUCGCGCCCCCGUAAGCUGCUACUUAGCCCACCCUCCCAAACCAUGGCAGCAUCCUUUACCAACAAGUUGUACAAAAAACCUAGUGUGCAUGUGUGAGCGUGUGUGUGUGUGUGUGUGUGUGUGUGUGAUUGUGUGCCAGAAUGUUUGUAUGCGCGUAUAGAACCGAUUAUUUUCGCAAAAGAAAUAGGACUAACAUGGUGAGGGGAUUGUGGGUGGAAGGGUCACUGGAUCUAUUCAAUCAUCGCAGGGAAGGGCGGAAUGCGGACGGAGACCUUUUUCCCGGAUGUAACCGGAAGGUCAAACUCUACUUAUCUUAUAAUUAACUUAAACAAUUCAUAUGCGCUAGUGGUUUCGAUCGAUCAAUUUUAUUCAUAUUUGAGCAUUUGCAAAAUAUUCUUUACUUAGCAAUUGUGUAACAAGUCCUAGGUUUAGCGAUGCUUUAGGUUAGCAAUUCCCCCCCCCCCCCCCCUCCCCUCGGAUUAUUCAAAACACGAGUUUGCAUCAGGGCGCAAGAUUAAGGCCAUCGGUAAUAUGCGCUAUUUAACAUUGGACUUGGAACAAAAGAAAGCGAGAGAAAUGGGAUUGGAAAGGUGAGCAGUCCUGCACAGAUUGAAUUAGCGAAAGCAGAUGUGAGUGUGUAUGUACGCGCACAGACAGUACCGCACAUACACAAAGUGACACGCUACGCUUAACUUGAACAAAAAAAAUGCAGCACCACAGCCCUUUCUUUUAGGCACGAUUAAGCUAGGGGACGCACACGUUCUGUCCGACUCGCCGGCCUCGAUUGUGGAGGACUUAGGGACGCAUCGAGCAAGCAUUAUUGUAUAUUACACCUUAUGGCUAAUUGUAUCUACGAGAACGAGAGAGAAAACGGAAAACACGCCCCCCCCCCCCUGGAACACCCGACAGCCGAGCUCUCGAGCAGCCAUGUCGCUGCAGUCGCUGUUUCCGCAUAGCGUAUGGGCAUCUUCAAUUCGAAAGCUAGCCCCGAAAAGGAAUGAAUAAACUACCAACAACGUAUACACAUACUAA